AUGGACUUGCAUCAAUUUUUGUGUGACUGCUGCGGUCAGCAUGUUCCCAGUGUCGUUGUCACCGCAUAUGAUUGGCAUUCCUUACUGGCGGGCCAGCUCUUAGUCAAAAGUAUGUGGUUUCAGUAUGUUCGCCGCCAUAUUCCCUUGCCCACUGCGGUCUUGAGUGCUGGAGAGACGUUGCAGAAGAGACGAGAAAUGCCACGUGAAGUUGGCUAUGGGAGCGAGUUGUUGCCUUCGUGGGAAGAGCAAUGCCAUGUUGCCCUGCAGUCUUUACAUGGAUCCGAAUUUUCGUCGUAUGUGCAGUCAUUGAAAACGCCGCAAGAACUUUCUCACAGCUGGGGAAACCAACUGGCAAAUGUCGCUUCCACGGAUGUCAUUGAUUUGGAUCUGUCUUGCAGUGAUGAGCAGCUUCACUGUCAGAAUGACAUGGACCAGAGUGACCUUGAAGAAGAAGCUUCCUUAUCCCAGCCCCGUUCAGAUGAUUCGCCUCCGCAUCGCCGCGAAAAGUUGCGUGCUAUGGCUCGAAGAGAGAUGGCGCACAGCAAUGCUCCGGACACAGAAGUCCCUAUGUCCUCGACUGCUUCUUCCUCUACGGCCAUGGCACAGGUAAGUGCCCGGAGUCCACCUUCUAGGACGUCUGUGUUUACCUCGGCAACUUCUUUUGAGAAUUGGCAUGCUCAGCGUUUGUGCCGUGAGUCUUGGCCUGCACAUGCUGAGAGCACGCAAGCAGUUUUGGAAAGAGAUUGGGGCAAGACCAAGUGGGGUCGCUGUGAGCAGUGUUUUUAUAGCUUGGCUCCUCAUCUCUACGGCAGUGGCAACAAAGCAGGACAAAUUUGGCUCCUGUGUAGCAGAUUCCAGAAGCGCAACUCUCAGGGGGAGAGAUUAUGCUUCUGGUCAAUGCCAGUUCCAGCAAAUCGCUGGGAUGACUUGCCUCGAUGGAUGCGAGACAAAUGGUCUCAGUUGCCGGCGGCCCUGCGCCGAAAUGCAAUUCGAGGGUGA